UCAACAUUGUUCAUUCCAUUCCACAGCUUCCAUUGCUGGUUCUUAAUUUCACGUUGCAUCGAUCGAACGUAACACCUCUGAUCUGCAUGCGUUACAGCUUCUUCUUUGUCAUUAAAUCUCGUCUGGUUUUCUAGAUUAAUUUGUUCGUUGGAUUAUCUUAAUUUGUUUGGGAAAGGAAGAAGCAAUACUAAAAAUGCAGGAGCAUCUGAUCCCUUCGUCACCAUCAACACCUACCCGAAUCCGGCGUAGACGGACGCAGGAGGUGAUAUUUCCUGAGCUAAGCAAAGUAGAUGAACAAAACAAAUAUAGAUCAAUGUGGAUUCGAACGUAUUCUUCUUUAUGGAUGGUUAUAAGCAUCAUCAUCAUUCUAUACUUGGGUCAUCUGUAUAUUUGUGCGAUGGUCGUUGUCAUUCAAAUAAUCAUGACCUUCGAGCUAUUCAAUCUACUUAGAAGACCUGAUGAAGAUAGAUGCCUACCUGGAUUUAGGCUACUAAAUUGGUACUUUUUCUUCACAGGCAUGUUGUUUGUGUAUGGACGCAUACUAAGCCAACAGCUUGUGAACACUGCAACUUCAGAUGAAUUCUCAUAUAAGCUAGUAGGCAAGGUCAUAAAGUAUCAGAUGGUCUUUUGCUACUUUCUGUAUAUUUCAGGACUUGUGUGGUUCAUACUAACACUAAAGAAGAAGACAUACAAGUAUCAAUUUGGUCAGUAUGCAUGGACGCACAUGAUUCUAUUUGUGGUCUUCACUCAAUCCUCUUUUACUGUAGCCAACAUAUUUGAAGGCAUUUUCUGGUUCCUUCUUCCAGCAUCACUUAUAGCUAUGAAUGAUGUAGCAGCUUAUUUCUUUGGUUUCUUCUUUGGGAAGACACCUUUGAUCAAGCUUUCUCCAAAGAAGACAUGGGAAGGCUUCAUUGGAGCAUCUAUUGCCACCGUGAUAACAGCUUUCUUGUUUGCAAAUGUGCUUGGCCGUUUCCAAUGGUUGACAUGUCCAAGAAAGGAUCUAUCGACUGGUUGGCUUGAAUGUGAUCCUGGUCCUUUAUUCAAGCCAGAAUACUAUUCUAUAGCUGGAUGGCCUCAAUGGUUCCCUCUGAAGGAGAUAUCAAUAUUACCAGUGCAAUGGCAUGCUUUAUGCCUGGGUUUAUUUGCGUCGAUAAUAGCUCCGUUUGGAGGAUUUUUCGCUAGUGGUUUCAAGAGAGCCUUUAAGAUCAAGGACUUUGGCUAUUAUAUUCCGGGACACGGCGGUUUCACUGAUAGGAUGGAUUGCCAGAUGGUGAUGGCAAUUUUUGUCUACAUCUACUACCAGUCAUUUGUUCCUCAGGACUACUCCGUUGAGAUGAUUUUAGAUCAGAUCGUAAGGAAUCUCAGCUUUGAGGAUCAGAAAGCACUUUACUAUAGGCUGGGCCAGAUAUUUCGGCAGAGACAGCUAGAAAACAAUUGAACAGUACUUCUGCCGAUUCGCGCACAAUAUUUCUUCUUGGUUGAGAUGUUAUGGGUGUCCAUUUCUGCACAUUUACUCUUCUUAAACUCAUAUUCAAAAGUUAUGCACCAAAAUUUUCUCCCUGUUUCUCUAACUUCCCUCCAUUUCUUUUAUCUUUUCAAAGACUUUUUUUGAGUAUCGGUCAAUGAUCGCAAACACCAGAUCCUGUGAAACAAAUGUAGGGAGAAAUUGUUACUCUGUCAAUCCUAGUUCUCCCCAAGUUGGUAUAUUUUGGUAAACUGAAAUUUAAUGUGUGGGGAAUCCUUACUUGUCAAGAUCACCCUUAAAUAAUAUAGGAUGCUUCAUUAAAUUGCUUAAUCACAUAAUUUAGCAAUAAGAAACACAGUCAGAUCGGGUAAUAGAAGGUACACCAAUAAGCAGCUUAUGAAUGUACAGCAGUAAACAGCUCUGGAGUGCCUCUCAAAAUACAUAUAGUUUCAGUUCACCAACUUUAAAAUGGUGACUUUUUGGAUUGCGAUACGGAAAUCAGGAUGAUUCAUCAGUCUGGAAAUUGCAUCAGUUGAUCCAAAAAAAAAA